AUGGGUGAUGGUUGGAGUGAUCAAAGACAAAGAACUUUGAUCAAUUUUUUGGUGUAUUGUCCUAAUGGCAUAUCCUUCAUAAAAUCUGUUGAUGCAUCGGAUAUCGUUAAGGAUGCCACAAAUUUGAUGAAUUUGUUUUCAGAGAUUGUGGAAUGGGUUGGGCCUUCAAAUGUUGUACAUUUUGUGACAGAUAAUGCUAGUAAUUAUGUUGCCGCAGAUUGCUUGUUGAUGGUGAAAAUAGUGGCUCCAAUAAUUAAGCUACUUCAUGUUGUGGAUGCCGAUGAGAAGCCUUCUCUUGGUUAUGUUUAUGAGGGGAUGAUUAGAAUUCGUAAAGGAAUCAUGUCUAUCUUUAGAGACAAGCAAAGGUUGCAUGAUCCUUACAUCAAAAUUGUUAAUGAAAGAUGGGAUAAGCAUUUUCAGUGCAACAUUUAUGCGGCCGCCUAUUUUCUUAACCCCACUUUUUUAUAUGAUGAAAGCACAUUUGUAGAAACUCUAAAAGUAAUGCAAGGCCUACUUGAUUUGUUAGAGCAAAGAAGCAUAUGUAGCAAUAGUGCGAAGGCGAUGAAGAAGAUCAAAAUAUAUCGAGAUCGAUUAGGGAGUUUUAGUAGUGAAUCUGCUUUACCAGCAUCUAAAAAUAUGCAACCAGAUGAAUGGUGGAAAUUAUUUGGACAUAGUGCUCCUUACUUGCAAAAAGUGGCUAUUCGACUCCGUAGUCAAAUUGCUUCUUCAUCAGGAUGUGAACGUAAUUGGAGUCUCUUUGAGCGCAUUCACACUAAACGAAGGAACAAAUGGGAGCAUCAAAGGUUAAAUGAUCUUGAGUAUGUGACUUAUAACUUACGUUUACGACAAAAACAUCAACACACGAAAAGGAGCUAUGAUCCGGUUGGUUAUGAUUGUACCGAUAAUACUGAUUUUUGGGCGGCGGAAAAUGAAUGUCCUCCCGAACUUGAUUAUGAAAAAAUCAUGGAUGAUAAUGUUUAUGGAGAUGAUGCUAUUCCUAUAUUUGAUGAUCAUCAUGGUCAAGAUGACGUGGAUAUCCAGGAAGAAGUAAAUUUGCAAGAUUUUGGUGAUGUUGGUGGUGAUGUUGUUGGCCAUGCAAGCUUUGAUCAAAGAUUUGAUGGAAAUGAUGAUAUUAAUUUGAGUUUUAAUCCAAGUUCAUGGACUUAA